CUUGUCGCAAUUAAAAAGUGUUCUAUGAUAUUUGUUACAAAAUAUGUAACCUGUCGAAGUGUGUGAUGUGGAAAUACGUAGAGAAGAAAAAAGUCGGGAAAAUAAAGAAAAGUGUACAUAUUUGUAAAAGUACAUGCUACAGGUGGAUUGUGCUCGGUUUAUCACUGACAGUUGUUUUGUGUUGUGUUUGUUGUUUUGUGUUGAAUUGUAAGCAAUGAUAACAAUUUAAAAUAGUGUGGUUUUGUGUUAGUGAUUUUUUUAAUAGAAUAUCCAUGACGGAGUGGAGUGAAGAAUCGAGGAAAUUACAUUUCAGAUUUGAAGCUGAUUCCAGAUCCGACCAGAAAAUCAACGUCCAACCAUUACAACUUAGUUUUAAUAACCGAUCAUUUUGGUUACAACCCUGUAAGGAUGUUUCUUUGUCAAAUAUCACAGUUGACGAUGGAUGUCAAAGUCCAGUAUCGCUGUGUUCUUGGAAUAAAAAUGAUCCUUUACAAAAGGGACCGAUGAGUUUAGGUACUGUUGCUGAAAGUAAAUUAGAAUUGGAAACAAAAUAUGAAAAGAUUCUUAAGCUAGUGUACAGACACAAGCAAAAUAUAACAAAUAUCAAUUUAAUAUGCUGUCCUAGUUGUUCCACGGCUCUUAAGCCUGAUACUGAAUCACUUAAUUCAUCAAUUACAAAUUUGCUAUUGUUAUCGCCACAUUUGUGUAAACAUGAAAGAGAAGGUUUAUCUGCUGGAUCUGUCUUUUUUAUAUUGUUACUGGUAUUUGCUGGAAUAUAUUUUAUUGGUGGCGCUCUUGCCUUGAAAUUUUUACGAGGAGCAACGGGCUGGGAAAUGUUGCCAAAUCAUGAAUUUUGGUGUACACUAGGACGACAAUUCAAAAUUGGAUGUAUGUUUCUUUGUAGCGGUUGUAAAGAAGACAGUUAUGAACGGAUUUAAUUCUUUUAUAUAAUGUCUCUGUUGAUUAAUUCUAAUCAUUCGUAUAAUAUUUUUAAAAAAGCAAAAGGCUGAUUUUUAUUCAACAAUAUGUGAUAAUUUUUAUUAAAGUGAAAUCCAGUUUCUAUUAAAAAAAAAAAGAAAAAAGAACAGUACAUAGCUUAUUUCCUAAGCUAAUGAAAAUAUAAGAUUUUUAUAACUCUAUUUUUUAUAAUUGAAACGUUUCGAAAUUCAUAUCCAUAUGAAUAAUAUAUAGACCCGUUAAAAUAUUUAAAUUAUUUUCACCUGUCAACUUCAUAUAAAAAACAUUUUUGAGAUAUACAAAUUUUUCUUAAUUUCUUUCUUUAAUUUAAUCGAUUUUCUUAGGUUCAACUAACAAUUUUCUCGUAUUAUUACAAUACAGAUAUUAAUGUUAAUUCAAAUAAAUUACAGUAGGACUCCGGUUAUCCGAGUUAAUGUGGACCGGACCUACCUCGGAUAAGGCGAAAACUCGGAUAAUCCGAAUUGUUAUUACAAUUUAACAUUAUUAUAACUAAAAUUAAAAAUAACUCAGAUGACGUACACUACACUCAGAGGUAAUACAGAAUUUCCUACUGGGACACCACCUCGGAUAAUCGAGACCUCGGAUAAACGGGGUUUUACUGUAUUACAAAUAUUUUUUAUAAUAGAAAAAAAUCCAAUUGUUGAAAGUAAUAAAAGUCAAAUAUACAGUGACAGGAAAUUAUCAAUAUAAAAUUUUAGAGACUGAUUUAAAGUACAGCAGUGAUGAAUAAACUAUAUUUUAUAUUAAAGUUUUCUUCUAUAUACGUAGAAUUUCCACAAUUCCAAAAAAAUAUAAGGAUUUUGUAAAAAAUGAAUUAUAUUGUCAACUUUAAAUUUCUUAUCAAUGAAGGAUGUAUUUAAUAUAAUAAAUAUACAAUCAUGAAUGUC